AUGACUCACAAACAGUAGAUAGGCUUGAAACUUAACGAGCUAAACACCUUCUUAUAUAAUGAACGAUAACAUUUAUCCUGUAUUAUUAUUAUUAAAUUUGUAAUGGUCAUACGGCGCCUGGGUAAUGGAAGUUAACCAGGUUUGUUGCUAGGAAUGGAUGGAUAGCUCUAAUUCCUCGUAUCAAGAGCCCUUCAUCAGCAACAAGGCCCCCUCCAUGAAGGGGGGGGGGAGCACAAACAUUUCCCCUAAGCUGACAAAAACAUGCUUUUGUUAUGGUAGUGAAGGCGUCCUUAGCAACGAAGCCGUUGCUAAGGUAACGACCAGACUGACCGCAUGCGGCCCACCACCUGACCCCAGUCCACCAUUGCCCUUGUUACCGCAUGGUUGUCCAAUACAAGGUAUUGGAGUUUAAAUCAAUAUUUUAGGGAUUAAAAUAUUCUCGUCUAGUGGCGAGAAAGUUCAGAGAAGCUUUAAUGACCACGGUGGAGUUGAUAAGUUUUAAACCCCAUUAAAACCUUUAAUUUAUACAAUUAAGUUAAUGUAAGUAUUACCAGUGUGACAGUGAGUGUUUAAUAAAAAAAAUAUUUAAACUGCGAGUCGACAACAGAGGCUAAAAGCGACACUUCAUGACUGUUAUCGAGAGGCCGUCAUUAAACAAGUUCAGGGGAAAAAGUUGUUGAAAGGUGCGCCAUGAAGCCGGCCAGACGGAUCAAGGACCUCCAGUUGUUGUCUGCUGUUGGUUUUACAGGAAAAGUCGUGGGUGGAUUACACCUUCAAAAGGACCGUGGUUUAGUGUACCCUGUGGGCGUGGGUGUGGGCGUGUGGGACCGUGUGGGCGGGCGCCAUGCUCUCCUCCACGCCCACAACCGCCCAGUUACCGCCCUCAGCAUCUCCAGGUCUGGUCGUCUCAUCGUGUCCGCCCAGAACAGCGACCCAGGAUGUCAGGCGAGAGUGGUAGUGUGGACAUACGACAAUCGUCAGGAGUACGGCAGCUACACCGUCCAUCGGGAGGAAGUGGCAGCAGUGGGCGUCACGGCAGGGGAGGAGUACGUGGUGAGCCUCGGAGGCAUCCUAGACGGCUACCUCGUCAUCUGGCACAUCCCCAGCAGGAGACCACUUACCAGUGUAGUGGCUGGGGAGCCAGGUCUGGGCAUCGCCACCCUGCUGUGCACCGCCCCUCGCACGCCCACGCUCAUGCUGGUGGGCGGCGUGCGGAUGCUGCGGGCGUGGUCACUCAAUCCUGACAACAACAGGCUCACGCCUACUCCCAUCUCCCUGGGACUUUUGGAAAGAAAUUACACUUGUUUGCAGAUAGACGAGUGCGAGGAGCUGGUGUACGCUUCCACCACCACAGGUGACGUCGUCAAGGUCAAGCUCAGUAUAACACCAGGUCAAGCAGUGGGAGUAGCAGUGCUAGUGUCAGUGAUGGCACCCAGACCCACGCCCACACCAGGCGCGCCCACACUCAUCCGCGCCCCAACACCAGGUGAGUCUGAGAAGGCAGUGUGGCGGGGCAAAUCUCGCUUCCCCUAGGCAUGUGCCCCUAGACACAGAAAGAGAGGAAGAAACGGAGAGGGAAGUUGUCAAAGUAGGAUGGAUGCACACAUAGGGACACACACAUGUAUACAAGAGGACAAUAGAUAAAAACAGAAAAAUAAUACAAGAGGCAGGCUGGUGUAUUGGUGCAUCACUCG